CAUAUGUAGCCAAAAUCACGUCACAACUUAUCCAAAUCGUGUAUGGAGGCAAUGGAAGUUUUAAAAAUCUCUCUACAAUAUCCCAGCUGCUGCUGUGUUGUUAAAAUUGACGGCGUGGCCUGCUUAUAAGUAGAGUGUACCGCUUUCGUCUAAGGAGGUAUCUAUUUCUUUACGUGCGAACGGCAGAAAGCUCCGGAUUAAACAGAUAAAAUAUUUGGUUCUGAGCAAAUGGCUCAGGGUGAUCACGCAGAUGUACUAAAGGAAUGGGACGAGCAAAAGGACAUGUUCUCGAAAGCGGCGGAGCAUGUCGAAGCCCACGCCGGAAACCUGGCUAAUGAUCAACUGCUCUACCUUUAUGCCAGAUACAAACAGGCCCUGGAAGGACCAUGCAAGCUAUCAAGGCCAGCUUUCUACGACUUUAAGGGACGCCAGAAAUGGGAUGCCUGGAACCAGUUGGGUGACAUGACUGCUACCACAGCAAUGGAUGAAUAUGUGGCUUUCGUCCGUCGUCUCUUCCCUGAUUGGAGGCCUGAGGAAACAAAGAGUAGCUCAAAAUCAAUGCUGGGAGCUGUGGUGAGCCGGCCCUGCUGGGAACCUGGUAUAGCCCCCGAGAAUAAGGAUGCAUUUGACUGGACAAAAGAAGGCUGCCUUGAGAGGCUUACAGAGUGCCUAAACAACAGCACAUCAAUACAUGAGCGUGAUGCGCAGGGUAUGUGCAUGCUACACUGGGCAUGUGACCGUGGCCAUCUAGAGAUAGUCGAGUUGCUUUUGGACAGAGGCGCAGAUCCUGAAGCCAAGGAUGAAGAAGGCCAGACACCCUUGCAUUAUGCAUCAUCAUGUGGGCACUUGCAAGUGGCUGAACUGCUGCUCAAACGAGGUGCCCAAAGAGACACUAAAGACGUGGAUGGCCAGACUCCUGCAGAAGUGGCACUCUCCCCAGAAUUAGAAGCCCUCCUCUCGCCUUCCUGACUGUCCUCUCCAGAACAGAGGCCUCCAACACGUGUUGAUGUACCUACAUAGUACUUCCCCUCCCCCAAGUUUCAAACAUAUGCCAAAAUAUGUUAUCUUGUAGGUCAUAAGCAGUGUACUGCAAAUUAAUUUCGGGAUGUACCCCAAUAAUGUACUGAAUAGUCAUUAUUUGGUUUCGUGACAUGUACAGAGAGGCUCCUAUGUUAGGCACAUUCUUUGCUACCAAUACACAGUGAUGACAUCACAGCUCAAGACUCGAAGCAUAAGGCCUUGAAUGUAGAGCAUACUGUGCUGACAUUCAACUGCCUUUACGUAACAGCAGCAUCGGAAAAUAGUGUCAGAAGCAGCACUGUGUGCUCAUGAGUGAAUGCUUUCACUAACAGCAAGUAUCGUAUUACAGAAAUCAAUAGCUCUGCUUAAGUAUUUUUGACAAUUUAGUACCACCACAUAAACAUCCUCGGCAAGUUCAUGGUGAAAGAGUUUAGCUUAAGCAGACCAAGAUAAAAUUCGACUUUUGCCAAGAACUGCAAUCAUGCCAACACUUCGUAUUUUUUGGUCAUAUCAGUUGUCUUAGGAUGAAGUCAUUUCAGGUGCACAUUAUUUUUUUACUGUGCUGCAUGAAAUUUUGUUGUUGUCUGGUUACCACAAGUUUUCAUGUCACAACGAAAUAAAGAGAAGGACAUUUUUUU